GAACUUCUGCAAAUAAUUUCUUCCAAUCCGAUCGGGACAUUGCUAUUCAAGAACGUAAAUCUAAAAAACAACAAAAUAAAGCUGGUGAUCCGAUUGAAUGUACUUCUAAAGUUUUAUGUAUGAUACUUCCUGAAAAGACUGAUGAUGUCGAUUAUGUUUAUAUUGGUGAAUCCGGAUUUAUUGCAAAAAAAGUUAUCUUAUCGACCAAAAAAACUGUAAAGGUUUUUAAAGGUCAUACUGGUCCCGUUACCUGCCUUGGUUUAUGGUAUAAAGAUGGAAUUGAAUAUCUGAUUACAGGUUCUUGGGAUAAAACACUUAGAAAAUGGGAUUCAAAGACAAAAGAAUCUCUUUGUACUUUCAGUUCACACACGGAUUUUGUGAAAUCCUUAACAAUUUCGCAUAAAACAUCCACUUUAUUUUCUGGUUCUUCAGACAAACUUAUUCGAUCAUGGAACCUUUUAACCGGUGAACCAUUGAAAGUAUUUAAGAGACAUACUCGUGGGAUCGAAGAUCUCACAUUUGAUGAGAAAGAAACCUUUUUAUUUUCUGCAUCUUCAGAUGGACUUAUUAUAAAAUGGAAUCCUUUAUCAGGAGAAUGCUUGCAAAUAUUUGAAGGUCAUUUGACUAGUGUAUAUGCUUUAAAAGUUUUUGAAGAGGAAAUGUGGACAGCUUCAGCAGACACGACCGUAAAAAGAUGGGAUCUAUAUACAGGAAAACCUGACAUGUCUUUAGAACACCCUGACUUUGUUAAAUGCCUUGCUAUUUGUGGCCCUUAUGUUAUCUCCGGUUCACGGGACGAGUCUAUACGCGUUUUCGAUAUUGGGAGUGGGAAAUUGAUCAAAGUUAUUGAGGGCCACUUCGAUGAGGUGUCAUGCACAGCAAUAAGAGGAACAACAUUGUAUACAGGGUCUCUUGAUUGUACAUUAAGAAUGUGGUCUCUUACUGACAUUACAAGUCAGGAAUCUCAGCUAGAACAGACAGUUCAAGAAGACAAAUCAUCAUCAAUGCUUACAGAAGAUGAAGAACGCGAAUUAGAAGAAUUAAUGGAAGCCGAAGAUGUAUAA